GCUGAAACAGAACACAACCAACAAAUUCCCGACGCGUUUUCCGGUCCGCGGGAGUUGCGCGUAAAUUUCGAAUUGUCCCAGGCUCUUGAUUUUUCGCACUGGGCGGUGAAUUCUGGUUCAAUAGCAAAGAUAUCGUCGUUCUUUCAUCUUCAAAAUGUGUCGGAGUCGGGGGCCUUAGUAAGGAUUGGAAUAAUGCUAUCUAUCCGAAUUUGUUUGAAUGUUCUAUUUGUUUCCGUGGUCCUGUCCUGCCGUACGAUGGUGAACUGCUCCCGAGCUUCUGCAUUUUACGAUGGCAAUGAAGCAAUGCUCAAACUGACACAGAGUCCGGCGGGAUCCGAUGUGCGACUUAAAUGUGGCAUCAGAGAAUACCACGCCGAUCACAUGAAUUCAUCCGAAGUACGCUGGUACUUUAAGCCAUGCGGAGAGGGAACCAACCGUUCGUCCUGUCACCACCGUGAAGCGCUCGAUCAAGCGCCCUGGCAACCGGUUCACUGCGACGGCAAACGCUGCCGUGUUACGCUCUCCAUCCGAAAUGCUUCCAAAUCUGAUUCGGGACUCUACCGGUGCAGUAUAUAUCCCUAUCGUACCGACAACAACACGCAGUUCGACAUUCAGCUGAUACGAACCUUCCAACUGGACGUCAUCAAAUCCAUCCUUGAUGAAACCGUUCCCGCCCCGGAGCUGCUGGACAACCUACCAGCCAAUACCACCGCCCUGCUGGACUCCCAGGUGGUGCUACAGUGUCGGAUCUACAGCAAGGUGCAACCAUCGAUCAAGUGGUUCCGGCGAAUUAACCUCAACAACAAUCCCCUGGAGGAUCACAACUUCAACCAGAACAAAUCAAUUCGCUAUCUGGAAAACACCUACGAACUGGUACCAUCAUCCGGCGAGAAGCCCCUCUCGGAUGAUGUCUACCUGAGCAAACUAAUCCUGCAGAAUGUGUCGGGGCGGGACAUUGGGAUCUACGUUUGCGUGGGGAUUAAUUAUGGGGGGGUCAACACGGCGGAUGCAUACGUCAACGUGGUGUACCCCAAUGGGUCCCCGGUGGGUAGCGGAUCCAGCAUGGCCGACAUGAUGGUGCUUUUUCUUAUCCCGCUCAGUUUGGCGUUGAUUCCGCUGGUGGGAUGGAUUUGUUUUGCUCUGUUGAAACAGCGGAAACAACCGCCGAAACGAGCGAAAAUGGAUUCUAACGGGAAUUGUAAUCAGCUGGCGGAGCGGCGAACGGAUGAAGAUCAUCUGGCGAAAAGUUCCGCAGAAGGUAAAGGCAGAUACAAACGGGAGCCGAGUUGCGAUGGGUCACAUUUGUAUGAGAAAAUUGACAUUGUGUAGUACACAUAAAUCCGAGAUAUCGGUAAACGAUCCCGAGAUGGUCGGUAAACAAGUGCCAAAGUGAUAUUGUUGUUGUAGAUGAUGAUUUUUUGAAUAAAAAUGAUUAUUGAUAAAGCUGUUAUAUAA